CUGAGCGACCAGUUGUGUUUUGCCUAUUGAGACGAACAGUUCUACAGCCUGAAAAUGGAUUCAAAGACCUUCGUAUUGCUUUUGUUGGUGGCCUGUUUGUGUGUGGCCUGCUGUGUGGCAGCGCCGCAGGGAUGCAACGGAGGACUAUAUGCCAGGAACGGCAAUAUCGUCAUUGAUCUGCACAAUUUGAAUGGCCUCUUCGACUGCGUCGAGAGGCAGCAUCAAAGAAGAGGAUAAUAGCCAUUUCCUAAUCGCAGUCCUGACCUAAUAUAAUUUGUGUUGUGUCCAGUACGUCUAUGUGAAACCUAUAUUUAAAUUCCUAGCAAUAAAUGAAGUGUGCAAUAAAAAUCUAUAUUUACAAUAAAUAUUAUUAUGUA